AUGAGCAGUCUGAAACUUUUUCAUGGUAAUCAUGGUUUAAGGUGGGUGACAGAGCCUGGCACUGUUGAAAAAAGCAUUUCAGACCCUGCAAAAGAAAAGCAGUCAGCAGUGUUUCUAAAUGAACAAGCGUCGUUGUUGGAAAUAAACCUCGGCUUCGUUUCCCCUGCGGAUAGCUACAUUGCAAAUGUGUUGAUUGUGUAUAAGACAUCUGCGAUAAAAAGGGGCAGAGAAGUUACUGCUGAUGAUGCUGCUAGUAAAGGUUCUGCUGCUACUAGUGGUGCUGUAUAUGGCGUUGAGGAGGUUGAGAGCAGACAUGACACCGGUACUAGUGAGGAAUGUGUAGAUGGUGAGCAUUUUCUUUGUGGUGGACAAGGCAGAGGUUUCGUCGAAGAUGGACAUGGCGGUGGUGGUGGUGAUGGACAUAUAGGCUAUAGAGUUGGAGGCGGUGUUGGACAGAUAGGGCUUAGUUGUGACGCUGGAAGAGGUGGACAAGGCGGGUAG